AGCAUGAAUGAACCUUCUUUUAUUCUCUCUUUUUAGGGAGAAGAAAAGAAGGAGAGUAGUGGAGCUGACUGAGAAGUUAGUGAUGAAUUGGUAGAUCUGGCGGAAGGUUUGAGGUUACCAGACAGGAGGAAGGUUAACGUUAGCUAGCCGGAGACGCUAAGUGUAACAGCGGCUGUAAAGAGAGCUCACUGACAGCCAGGCUACGGGCAAAUAUAUCGAGUAGUUGUUCGUGAGGAGCUACAGUAAAAAAAAAAAAAAAAGUCAUGGUAUCUUGCACUUCUAUAUAGAGUUAGAGAUCUUUACUGUACCUUCUCAGUGUUGACGUGCUAGCUAUUCACCUGGCCUAGCUGCCAGGGAGCUGUCCAGGCAGGACAGGCUAGAUAACCCUUAAAAUACCAGCGGAUCAGAAACGCCCACCUUUCAGAAAUAUUGAGUGGUUAAACAACAUGAGAGAGCAGGUGCUGAUACAGGGCGGACAUCAAAACACAAGUGAAUGUUGAUAAAGUAGUCCGGAUGGUGGUUGAUGGAGGCAGUGGAUGCAACUGUGAGUGGGAGGGUCGGUGGAGCCAUAUCAAAAAGUUUCUGGAAAGGUCUGGGCCCUUCACACAUCCCGACUUUGAACCCAGCACAGAGUCAUUGCAGUUUAUGUUGGAAACCUGCAAAAUCCUGGUCAUUGGUGCUGGUGGUCUGGGAUGUGAGCUGCUUAAAGACCUGGCUUUAUCAGGCUUUCGCAACAUUCAUGUUGUCGACAUGGACACCAUUGAUGUAUCAAAUCUGAAUCGACAGUUCCUCUUUAGGCCAAAAGAUGUAGGUCGGCCGAAGGCAGACGUCGCAGCUGAUUUCAUCAACAGUCGUAUACCUGGAUGCUGUGUAGUCCCACAUUUUAAGAAAAUUCAAGAUUUAGAUGAAACAUUCUACAGACAAUUCCAUAUAAUUGUUUGUGGACUGGACUCUAUAGUUGCCAGGAGGUGGAUGAACGGUAUGCUGCUGUCAUUGCUGGUGUAUGAGGACGGUGUCUUAGACCCAAGUUCCAUCAUUCCUCUUAUUGAUGGUGGGACCGAAGGCUUUAAAGGCAAUGCCAGAGUCAUUCUCCCUGGCAUGACCGCCUGCAUUGAUUGCACCCUUGAGCUAUACCCUCCUCAGAUCAACUUCCCCAUGUGUACAAUAGCCUCCAUGCCUCGUUUGCCAGAACAUUGCGUUGAGUAUGUCCGGAUCUUGUUGUGGCCCAAAGAGACACCCUUUGGAGAUGGUGUGGUCCUGGAUGGGGAUGACCCAGAGCACAUCCAGUGGGUGUACCAGAGAUCUCUGGAGAGGGCAGCAGAUUUCAACAUAACAGGAGUCACAUACAGACUAACCCAGGGUGUUGUAAAGAGGAUAAUUCCUGCUGUAGCAUCUACAAACGCUGUCAUAGCUGCUGCUUGCGCAACAGAGGUCUUCAAAAUAGCAUCAAGUGCCUAUAUACCUCUCAAUAACUACAUGGUCUUCAAUGAUGUUGACGGCCUGUACACGUACACCUUUGAAGCCGAACGGAAGGAAAACUGUUCAGCCUGCAGCCAGAUACCUCUGGACUUGCACUUUUCUCCAUCUUCCAAACUCCAGGAGAUGUUGGACUACCUGACUGAGAGUGCCUCUCUACAAAUGAAAUCACCUGCUAUAACUGCAACUGUGGAAGGAAAGAACAAAACAUUAUAUUUACAGUCUGUCGCUUCAAUUGAACAAAGGACACGGCCAAAUCUGUCCAAAACCCUGAAAGAGCUUGGGCUGAAUGACGGUCAAGAGUUGGCUGUAGCUGAUGCCACCACACCCCAGACCAUGUUGUUUAGACUCUGCUUUACCUCAUAGGUUCAUCUCAAGCACUCCCACAUCCAGUUGAUGUCAUUCUCGUUUCUUGGCCAGCUACGACUUGAUGCAGAAUAUUUAAAAUGGCCUAAAAACUUGAACAGUUUACCAUGUGUUCAGCCAGUGUAAAUGAGUGUAGUUAUUUCAUGGUUUUUAACGUACUUAAGUUAAUGUUUUGCACUGAAAAGCCAAAAUCAUAGUUUAUGUUUUGAUGAUGCAUUUUCUGCAAAUGUUGAGAAUUUCUGCAAUAAGGUGUUACCUGCACUACAACCUAAAGCAUGCUAUGCGCAAAUAAAGAGACAAGAAUUGGUUACUUUUGAAAAUUUUAUUCUGUACAUGUUCUGGUUUUGAAUAUUUAUUUAUUCCAACAGUUUUUUUUUGUUGCAGUAGCCACUGAAGUGGACACUGAUAAUGAUGUGUGAACUGGAAUAAAAAUGUUUUUCUUAUGAA